GAGGGGAAAUGUGGGAGGGAGGGAGCAGACUGUACCAUUGUGGCCCAAUGCUAAGGAAGCAGCAGAUUAAAACAUAGGGCUAGAGGGAAGUUCCUACAUCCUAAGGCGGAGAGAAAAGGCUUGUGAAGCGCUCCCUGCUUUCUGGGCCAAGACUAUUGGGCAAAAAAAAAGAGGAAGGACUACAAAUGCAUACGUAAAGUUUGAAAGCGGGGCAGGGCGGAGGGGAGAAAGAGCAAGCGCAGGCUCAAGAUUAAAGGGAAGAGAGCGCGGGAAGUUCCUUGUUUGGGCAAUAUGGUGAUAUGUGACUGGGCGGGGCCAGAGUACGGGCUUCAGCUUUACCGGAGUUGAACGAAGCUUUGGCUCGGCGGUGAGCUAAUUUCCUGCAGAGCAGCCCCAGGCAUCGGCAAUGAACAACUCCAUAACUCCUUCAAUGUAUGUGCGCUGCCUUAGCUAUGGCAUGAUGAGGCAACUGGCAGACUUCAUUGAUCCGCAGGAAGGGUGGAAGAAACUAGCAGCAGAUAUAAAAGAACCAUCUGGAGCAAACAGAUACAGCCAAAUGCAUAUCAGGCGAUUUGAAGCAUUAAAGCAAAUGGGAAAGAGUCCCACCUGCGAACUCUUUUAUGACUGGGGGACAUCAAACUGUACAGUUAGUGAACUGGUGGACCUGCUGACCAGAAAUCAAUUCUUAGCACCAGCCAGUCUUUUGCUCCCAGAUGUAAGAGCAUCAGAAGACAUAACACUUCCUUUACCUCUACAAGCAACGUUGCCUGUCUAUGAAAAGGAAACUCCUGUAGAAGAAAAACAAAAGAUAUCUGUAGCACCACUCUCAGUUCCAGACAAAGGGUGCUUGAGUACAGAGAAGAGUAGCUUGCAUCUUAAUGACACAGGAUUACAGAGCUUUUUGUUUCAUGAGCUGAAGAGUGUUACAAAUAACUUUGACGACCGAACUGUGGCAGUUGGGGGUAACAAGUUGGGUGAAGGAGGCUUUGGCAUUGUGUACAGAGGAUACAUUAAUGGCAGAACGGUGGCUGUGAAAAAACUUACUGCUGUGUCUGAUGUUAGUAUCCAAGACCUGAAAAAGCAGUUUGAACAAGAAAUAAAGAUUAUGGCAAAAUGUCAACAUGAGAACCUAGUAGAAUUGCUUGGUUUCUCAAGUGACUUUGAUCAGCCUUGUCUAGUUUAUGAUUAUAUGCCCAAUGGUUCAUUGCUCGACAGACUAGCUUGUCUGGAUGACACUGCACCAAUUCCUUGGAGAACAAGAUGUAACAUUGCUCAAGGUGCAGCCAGUGGAAUCUGUUUUUUACAUGAAAAUAAUCACAUUCAUAGAGAUGUUAAAAGUGCAAAUAUCUUACUAACUGAAGAAUUUGUGCCCAAACUUUCUGACUUUGGACUCGCAAGGGCUUCAGUAAGGUUCACUCACACUAUCCUAACAGAAAGGAUAGUGGGAACGGCAGCCUAUAUGGCCCCAGAGGCUUUGCGUGGGGAGAUGACUCCUAAAUCUGAUGUGUUCAGCUUUGGUGUGGUGUUACUUGAAAUAAUAACGGGGCUUACACCUGUGGAUGAAAAUCGGGACCCCCAGCUACUGCUGAGUAUCAAAGAAGAAAUUGAAGAUGAAGAAAAGACUAUUGAAGAUUAUGCUGAUGAAAAGAUGAGCAAUUGGAACAUAGAAUCAGUUGAACAGAUGUAUUUGCUUGCUUGCCAGUGUCUGAAUGAAAAGAAGAGCCGGAGGCCAGAUAUUAUGACGGUCAGACAACAUUUGCAAGAAAUGCUGAUUGACUAAGACCACUUCUGACUUUGUGCUUAAAUGAACUUCUAGAAAAAGUUCAAAUGACAUGUCCAUUCCACAUUAUCAUGGUCUUCUUUGUAUACCUUUGUUUCUGAGAAAUGUUGGUUGACACAUUUUAAAUGAAUGUGUUGUGGUCCUAUCACUUUGUCAAGGAUAUCUUCUUCAAAGCUUUAUUCAUGCGUUUUAUAUUUUAUAGCUAAAAUAUUUUGAACAUUGUCUUGUAUUCAAAACAUCAGUGUGUAAAGGAUCUUGCCAAGGUAGCACAUAUUGUAUACUCUUGACAGAUAUGCAUCUAUUUUAUGCCUACAAUCCAGGUAUCUGAAAAUCCAAAUUUUAACCAAAUAAAUUAGUAUUUUAUCUGCCUAAUAUGGAAAUAGGCAAAAAUAAAUGUUGAAACUUACUCAUCUAGCAUUUCAAAGAAGUUUGCCUUAUGUUUUCCCACAGAGUUAAGUAUUCCACAUAUUAUUCAUGGGUCUCUUUUAAUAUGAGGCAGGGGAGGGGCACAGAUCUGAACUACUUUAACUUUGUGACAAUCAAUGACAGAUGAAACUAUGUUAUCUAAAAGUAAAGAACUAUAUUUUGAAGGCUCUCGUGCAAUUGAAAGGCUUGUUUUAUAGGUCUAGGGUAGUUUCCUCCCUAAAGAAAUCUAUUAUGAAAAAUUACACUAAUUUUCAACAAGUUCUCCACGUGGCUUACAUAGCAAAUGGAAUGAAAAGAUUAUGAGCUGCUUUGAAGCAGGGAGCCAUCCAAAAGGGACCCACUGGCAACCACCUUAGGGAGGGCUCCUGUGUUGAGAUGAAUAGGAAGCACUGCUCUCCCCCUGCUAAAUAUAAGAGCCACCACUUUAAACAGUAUCUUUUUUGCUUGGUUACUAGGGGUUAACUUAUUAACUUUUACUACAAGCUGUGAAGAAAAAAACUGAAAAUAGUGCGGUGCUCCUAGUGUACAUGACAAACUCUUUCUCCUUCAUUCUUCAGAUUUGCACAAUUUGUGUAGGAGCUGACAUCCUGACUAACAAAGCAUGUGCCUAAGGAGAGACUGUGGGGUUGUGCUGGGAACCCUUGCACAACUUCCCCAGUCCCCUCCUGCAUGUGCACAGUUGUGCAAGAGCCAUUAGCAAUGUAUUUCCAGUCUUAAAGAAUGCUUCCAGAACACAGGCAGUGCUCUGAGCUCUUAAUAAGCUCUUGCACAACAGUGUAUGCACAAGCGCUCCUAGAACAUGCACACAUCUUGUUAGUCAGAGUAUUGGUCAGUAUUUGUUUUGAGAAAUUACAGUAUUAUCUUUGUAUCACAACAAAUUUUUGUGUCCAUGCCCAGAUGGUGUUGGGCACAGAAAUAUAUAUUACACUGGUAAAUUCAGUUAAAUAAUUUUCUGUCCCCAAGGCAGCUUUUUGCACAUGAGAAGUUUUUUCCUUCUAAGUGAAUGCUAUGAUUAUCAACUGAAUGCUUCUCAAAAACAUAACUGUCCUCCUAGCUUCAAGUUUGUGCUCCACAUUUCACUGAACAGCAUAAAAACAUGAAGAUCUGAUGACAGGGGACCUGAUUUUUCAUAUUUUUUCCACAUGAUCUUCACGUGGGUGUGUUAUGGCUACAGCUGUUGGGUUUCUGAUGCUCAUGUCUCAGAUAACUAAGGAGAGGAAAAGACGGACUGAUACUUGAAAAAUAAACUUGGCAGAAAUACUGUUCAAAGUCAUAAUGACUUAAUAGCUCAUUAACUUUUAACUGCUGCUCUCUGAUAGUGUAUUUAUAUAAAUAAAUUGUUUUUGACAAUG